AUGGAGCUGUCCAAAGCCGCAAGGGGACCUCGGGGCUGUACCAGCAGCAUCAGGUACCCCCAUGUUGGAACGACGUCGCACACGCAGUCUGUGUCUCAAAUAACAAUGCACCAUACCGGAACAUUAGCAGCAGCUCAGGGUUUGUCGCAGAUACAACGUGCCCGGAUGUCCGCCCCAUUGCCACAGUAUAACAGAUCGCCCCAACGCGCCAGAACCCAACAGACAACGCAACAGAACACUGCGCCACAAAAUCAAAUGGUCGUGCAAGAAAGAUCAUACCCGGAAGUAACACACGUUCCGAACUCUCGCGCAGAUCUCGUAGGAGAACCUAGGGUGCAUACGCAACCUGCUCAACCACACCACAGGUUCAAUCAAUAUUCCGAUAUCAUGGCAAAGAAUAUUACUCAAACAACAGAAAAAUACCAAUUUCCUUUAAGAACAGUCACAAAUGCUACAACAGCGGAGCUUGUAGGGCAGCCGAGGGUAAAACAGUCGCUGCCUGACUACAAACUCGGCCAGGUCCCCGAUUCAACAGCUCGGCAUGAAACAACAGGAAAACUGUCUGAAUAUUCCGCAGACACAACGCAUGUGCUCGCUUCAAGGGCUGUCUUCGCGUAUCACAAGGCAGCAAUGCAUUACGCAAAAUCUAAAAUGGCUGCAGGUACACUGCAGCAACAUUCAUCUGCGUCGAUCGAGAUUACAUCCGGGCACUCCGUUGACGCAGUAAAAUCUGGGCACCUAAAUGAUACAUCAACCAGCCAUUUUGGCAUCUCUAGAGAAAAUAUGCCGUCGCUAGGCAACCAGAAGCAGGCGAACAGCAACAAUACAAAUUGUACAGGUCGAACGACUGGUCAGCCGGCGUUCGGACAUCAAAGGUCAACUGUCACUGCCCUUCCAGAUAAUAACGCCAACAUGCGCGUUCAAAAUGAUGACACUUACCAAGCGGAAUCUACAAAAGCAGACAACACACGGCCUUUAUCUAAGAACGAUGGCGUUCCUCGGCAACAUUCUCUUAAAGAGGACUUCAUCCGGGCCAUUAAGAAAUAUGAGGUAUUUAAUGUUAACCCGCUGGACGUGAUGAAACUGCGUAACGCCUCGGAGUCCGCGCACAGUGGUAGUAUAGUUAAUGGGACCCCGUGGACACCUGCGAAUAAAACUGAAGCAGCUGAUGCUGCAACAAAUGCCGCAGAAGGUCCGACAUCUGACUCAAUACGCACUCGCAGCAAAAAACAACGGUCUGACAACCAAGUGCUUGUUCCUGUAAGUCAGACAUCGGGUGCUAAAGUAGUUCAAGGUGCAGUGGUCUCAAAUCACUUCAGCACCAAUGAGUCGUGCUCUAGGCAUGAAAAUAUUGCCACUCCUACGUCUAUAGCCUUCCUCCCUUUUCAAAUUACACAUCCUAUCACGGCAAAUGUUUCUAGAGCAACCCAUUCAUACACCUCUACUCAUCGUAAUACGGAAAGGCAGAAUCUUUCGCUUUCAAUCGACCCGUCAGGACAGUCUUUAAGCGGUAGAAGUGCUACUGCAACCUCGGCGGAGACCUCCGCCGCCUCGAGUGUUACGUCAUCUACGUCAUCAAAGGUAACUCAAAGCGUUUUGCGUGAUACUUCGUCCACCUCUGUCACACCACUGUCUUCAGUUCCGAAUCUUUCGGCGUUUAUGCCAACCGGACAGGGCAACAAGUCCCCGCCAUCACCAGUUCGGGAUAGCCAUCAAGACGGGCCACAGACUGUGGUGCCAUCUACCCGGCCAGCCUCCAUGCUGCAAGCUAUAGAGCAGAGUGCGCGCGCCGUCACGUAUCGGGAUUACAAAAAGCCCACCCCCGUUACAAGUAAGAUUGUUAAUAACAAGGGGUCGAACAAACCAGGAAGUAGUAACAGGCCUAACACUCGAUGUAGGGCUCCUGCACCAUCUGGUGAGUGUAACGCAACUGAUGAAGACGAGCUGAUCAAGUAUCGCUCUUCCCUUCGCAUGCCCCCACAGCUGUUAAGAACCAAGAUGGCGCCUAAUCCAGUUCGAUCAAACACAGCAGGAGUUGAUAACAGCAUAAAACCUUACAUUUCGGUGACCAAAGCAUCUGUCAGUCCGGCAAAAUCGGAUCCUGGGAACAGCGGUAGAUAUGCUGAUAGCAACACCAAGAAGGAAACUGGAAAUCCGAUUAAGUCAGAACCCAUAAAGGGAGAGUUAUGUAAUAAAGAGACCAUGCUGUCAGAAAGAUGUGGAAAUGAUGCUGGUAAAGAUUCGGUGCAAAGUGACGUUUCAAAAAUGACCUGUAUCAAAGGAGAACCAACGACAGAAACGCAGGAAUCGCAUUCCCCGAAAGGCUCCGCAAUCCAGACCAAAAGCCCAAAUCGAAAAGGGAACCGUAAGCCCGGGAACCGCAAAGAUACUAAAGUGCAGCCGAAAAGGAGACCGAAAGGAGAAAAAGCGAAAUGUAAAGCUGAACUGCUACAAACGACAAUUGACACGAGAGAGUUUUCGGAGAAAUUUGUGAAAACUUUUGGUCGCAAACAUUCACAGGGACUGUUCGAAACACUUUCAAAAUCUUUGAAUGUUUCCUCGGCGUUGAAUGAUAAUACUAGCAAUGCGCAAUCGAAUCAAAGUGCAUCUGGCAAAGAUGUAGCAAAAGUGUCUCCAGGAUCACGUACAGAAAAAUCACCAUCUCCCACUGACAACUCAAAAAAGGAUGACAUUUUGACUAAUGAGGAGAUAAAAAAUAUUUGGUGCAGAAUGAAGAUGGAGAAGCAGCAAGAGAAAGAAGUAGGUGACACGUCCAGUGUACUUACGAACGAACCUCCAAAAUCUGUGACAAUAUCUCCAGAAAGGGACGAUAAACCAGAGUCAAUAAACGCAAAACGAAAUUCCCCGAAAACUAUGAAAUUUACGACUAAGAAAUUUUCAAUGAACUUGAAGAAAUUGUCGCCGCUCAUGCGCAAAGCGUCUCAGGCCCUCAUGCAAGAGAUGCAACGCAGGGGUCACUUGACCAGGAUGAACGGAUCUUCCGGUGCAGCAUCUGGUAAGAAAUCCCCGAGAUUAAGCCCAAAGAGGCCAAGCACGCCAAUUAAAUCAAAGUCUCUACGAGCUGAGAGCCCUUUUAACUCUUCACCUCGGGAAAGCCCUGUUAAGAUGGAAAUAGAAGAGAACGAAUUAGAAAAGAGGAACACUAUCGAGCAGACAGCUCAAGAAGAAACGAAACCGGUGCCGAAGAAAGAGAAGGAAGCAACACGACCCAUUUUACAAAGGAGAGGACGACAGCUCUUGCGCAAUCAGGACUUUGACAGCGAAUCUGGCUCGCGGGAUACGAGUCUCGAGUCGCGUGACACGAGCUUGGACUCUCAGGGCCGCCCGUCAAGUCGCACGCGCAGGACGCGCAUGCUCGAAGAGAUUGCCAACACGGACGGUUUUGUGGCAGAACGCAGGGGCCGGAAAAUUGAGGACCUGUUUGCUCAUCCGUCUGAGUUGGACCGAGAGGCAAGGUGGUUGCAGCGGGCCAUGAUGAAGUUCACCGAAAUGGAAACAAAGCCGGACGGAGACGACCUCACCGCUUCACGGCGCAGGAGGAACCCGAACGCUAGUGCUCUCACCAAAGCUGCACAGCUCCGGCGACGCGCGUGCAGGUUUACGAAUAAAUCGGGAUUAACUCCACAGAAAUUCUCGGACUUUAGUCCUGAGAUCCUGCCGACAAGGACGCGAGGAACAGGCCUAGAACGAAUCCGACGACGAAGCUAUAACAAGAAUGCGGCCUACGAAGCUGAGCUUUCUCGGGAGGAAGAACGAUUGGAACUCAAGCGGGCCAACCGUCAAGCGAAACGAAACCGAGAGCAAGAACAGUCCAAAGAAAAAGAAAAACUGGAAACAUCUACAGAAAUGUCGGUGGAUGAGGGUGAUGAAUCGCAGGUGGACGCAGACGACAUUUCCCCUGUCAGAGGGAGGCGAAAGAAACGCGGCGGGAAACAGUCUACCGGAAGUCGUGGCAGCAAACGCACGAAAAAAGUUGAGGUAAAGAUAGAUUACGCAGGAUGUGAAGACGCGGACACAGACGAGUAUUACUAUGAGGAUAACUACGCAUACGAGGGGGUGUCGGAAGACCUGCCGUCUCAUCUGCAUGACGAGUUGAAUGACAUGAUUGACGACGGCACCACACAGAGCGAGGAACAGUUUGACAAGCCAGCCGAGACUAACGAUAGCUGCGCCCAGGACCGCCGCACGCCUCCGCUGUUGAAGAAGUUGACGUGUAGUAAAACCUCGGGAGAAACGGUUCUUCACCGAGCGGCGAGGAUGGGGUACGAGUCUAUUGCUAAGCACGUGCCUGCCGUUCUGCAGUAA